AUGUUGUUGUUGGUCAUGUCUUAGUUGCAUUGUUCUGAUCUAUCUUUGGUUUCAGUUGGCGUCACUGAAGUUAAAACAGACAUAUUCGUCACAAGUUUUGGUCCCGUAUCAGAUAUGGAGAUGGAGUACAGAAUGGACAUGUUCUUUAGGCAGAUGUGGGUUGAUGAGCGGCUAAAGUUCGAAGGCCCCAUUGAGAUCCUUCGCCUUAACAACAUGAUGGUGGACAAAAUUUGGACACCGGACACGUUCUUCCGAAACUCCAAGAGAUCCAUCGCCCACAAUAUGACAACCCCCAACAAGAUGUUCCGCAUCAUGCAGAAUGGAACAGUGUUUUACACUAUGAGACUAACAAUAAGUGCAGAGUGUCCAAUGCAAUUGCAGGACUUUCCACUGGAUGGACAUGCUUGUCCUUUAUACUUUGGAAGCUAUGCAUACACCAACCGCGAAAUAGCUUACACCUGGAGAAAGGGUUUCGAGGCGUCAGUUGAUGUGCCGCCAGAGUCGUCCAGUUUACUACAGUAUGACCUUGUUGGGCAGAGCCUCUACACUGAAACAUACAAAAUCAACACAGGUCAUUACUCUGUCCAGGUCGUGCAUUUUCUUCUCCAACGAAAGCUAGGCUACUAUCUCAUCCAAACAUAUGUGCCACUGAUCAUGAUUGUUGGGUUGUCCCAAGUCUCAUUUUGGAUCAACAAGGAGUCAGUGCCAGCCCGCACUGUUGCUGGCAUCACCACGGUGCUCACCAUGACAACCCUCAGCAUCAGCGCUCGCGAGUGUCUGCCCAAGGUGUCGUAUGCCACGGCCAUGGACUGGUUCAUCGCCGUGUGCUUUGCCUUCGUGGCGUCCGCCCUGAUCGAGUUUGCGGCGGUCAACUACUUUGCCACUCUGCAAGGCAUCCGCAUGCAGCGUGAGAAGCGCAAACAAUCCCGCCAGGACAGCGUCAUCACGGGUAACGGCAGCGACGAUGAAGUGGGAUCGCCUGACAGUGGUAGGAGCAGGCAGUACCGGUCCAACUCGAUAAUUAGUGAGCCCGCACAGAGACUGCCCAACUUCCUGCAGUCUGGCUCGGCCAUCCCCACCAACAUGCUGCUGGCCGGCACCAGCCCCAUUGACUCCUACUCCCGAGUGCUCUUCCCUCUGGCCUUCGGCUCCUUCAACUUGGUCUACUGGUACUACUACCUCUCCAAGGACACCAUGGAGAAGCCCAGGGUCCUGGGCCAGUGAGUUCUUGCAGCUGAUCUCAAGCUGAUGAUUGCUCGCUUCUGUCCUUAUGCGGGAGGUUCACCACCACCAUCAGCACCACCUACACCUCCACCAUCAGCACCACCUACACCUCCACCAUCAGCACCACCUCCACCAACAGCACCACCAUCAUCUCCACCAUCAGCACCACCUUCACCUCCAUCAUCAGCACCACCAUCAU